AUGACUAUGAAUGAGCAUGACAUGAAUCAGAUCAUUCAUGAAGUACAGAGCUUAUCUAUUGACCAUAAUAAUCACAGGAACGACCUGAAUGCAAUGACGCAGCCAUGUAUUUGGGAAAAUGAAGAUAAAGUAGAUCAUCAUGCGGUCAUCCAAUCCUACCUGGAUCCUCAAUGCAUGCUUCAUAGUAGUCUGACGAGCCUGCAUGAAAAGAAGAGACUAUAUAAAGUGAAAUCUGCACUAAAGCGUGCAUUAGGAUUGAAACAGAAGAAACAUCAGCCACUGCCUGUCAUAAGUCAUGAUGCAUCUCUGUCAAGUGAUUCAGGAUGUACAUCAACUACAGUAGCAGGUCAAUCAACUAAAAGCUUAACAAUGGCUGACAACGAUGAUGAUGAUAAUGACGAUGACGAUAGGAUGAGCCAGAAUACAUCUGCAACAGCUUCACAUCGUCUUUCCAUCUGUGGUUUACCCAUCUGUUCCUUUCGUAACAAGACGAGUAUGGCACAUCCAAAACAGUCCAUGAUGACAAAAAGUAUACUGAAAAAACCAAACAAGAGUACUCGAUGGUCAAGCGUUACCUUACGACGGAAAACACAAAUAUCGAAUCUAAAGAAGAGAAAAUCGCACAUUGAAUCGAUGGGGUUGGCAAUUCAGUUCAAUCAAUAUGUGACCGUGUACGAAACUUACUCUAGGCAAGAUUAUGAUCGCACAUCAGACCCUGAGGCUAUUUGUACACGACUGACCCCUGUGAUUGCACAAGAGAUAAAACAAGAAUUGAAUCAUUUCAAACUCUACGAGAUGCCAGUUCACGAGUCUAGUAGGAUGUACACACACUUUUUCAUUUGA